CAUUGGACGCUGCCUGGCCUGUCAGUGGACUUGGGCCCAGAUUCGAUGCCCAGGCGAGUGGCAAUGGCUCCGUCCUGGAUAAUCCCGAGUCUACAUGCAGCUUUGACCACGCCUUCUCAUGUGCUGCCGGAUAUGGCGCACCUGGUGAAUCCAUAUUGGAGCCGCUUUGCGCCGAUGGAUGCCACAAUGAGCAAGAUUCUGGGCCUGUUCACGCUGGCCAUCAUGAUCAUCUCGUGCUGCGGCAACGGAGUUGUUGUCUACAUCUUUGGCGGCACCAAGUCGCUGCGCACGCCCGCCAAUCUGCUCGUCUUGAAUCUGGCCUUCUCGGACUUUUGCAUGAUGGCCUCACAGUCGCCGGUCAUGUUGGUCAAUUUCUACUACGAGACAUGGGUCUUGGGUCCGCUGUGGUGCGAUAUUUAUGCUGUGUGUGGCUCGAUGUUUGGCUGUGUUUCGAUUUGGUCCAUGUGCAUGAUCGCCUUCGAUCGCUACAACGUCAUUGUGAAGGGCAUCAAUGGAACGCCCAUGACAAUCAAGCUGUCCAUCAUGAAGAUUCUGUUCAUUUGGCUGAUGGCCACGUUCUGGACCAUUAUGCCCCUGAUCGGCUGGAGCAGCUACGUGCCGGAGGGGAAUUUAACCGCCUGCAGCAUUGACUACAUGACCAGGCAAUGGAAUCCACGCUCUUAUCUCAUAACAUACUCGAUAUUCGUCUACUAUGUGCCGCUGUUUCUCAUCUGUUAUUCGUAUUGGUUCAUAAUUGCGGCCGUGGCAGCACACGAGAAGGCCAUGCGUGAGCAGGCCAAGAAGAUGAACGUCAAGUCGUUGCGCAGCUCGGAGGAUUGCGACAAGAGCGCCGAGGGCAAAUUGGCCAAGGUGGCAUUGACGACUAUUUCGCUGUGGUUUAUGGCCUGGACCCCGUACCUGGUCAUCUGUUACUUUGGCCUGUUCAAGAUCGAGGGGCUGACGCCACUCACCACCAUUUGGGGCGCCACAUUUGCCAAAACCAGCGCCGUCUACAAUCCCAUUGUUUACGGCAUAAGUGCCCCUUCUGUGUUUGCGGCAAUACUGAUGAGCCUAAGCCCGAUGCGCCCGCUGGGGAUACAGAAACCACAUCAGAGGCGGAAUCAAAAGCCUAAAUAUGUAUAUAUAAAAAAUUCUAAAAUGUUCUGCAAAUGCCUACAAAAGGCAACAAAUGUAAAAAAAAAAAAAAAAAAGUAAAGAGUAAAGUAAAGUAAAAAUGAAAUAAAAAAGUGAUAAUAAUAAAAAUAAUAAUAAUGGUUUUAAAGCUAAUUCUGGUGUAGCUAAUCGACGAUUAUUAAACUAUUUAAAUUAGCAUUACAAGGUAAACCUUCUUAUAGUAUAUAUUUUCAAAUACUUUCUAGAUAUAGAUAAACAACAAAAAUGCUGUAUACUUUGAUAACGAGUCAAGAUUUGAUAGCUUAUUUGUAUUGAAUAGGCUUCAGAAUAACUGGACGGAUUGGAAAAAUUAUUUUUCCAAUAUAAGCCUAUCCUACCCCACAUCUUAUCCCUGAUGAGAAUAGAGUCUUUAAAUACGGCAAUUAUGUAAACAAAAAUGUGACAAAUAAAAACAAAAAAAGGAACAAAAAAA